GUUGGUCGGCAGCACCGCUUCGCUCUUUCGGACAGGGUGCACAAUUCGCACGGGUGGGAACCGUCAGAAGGAGAGCGCCAGACUAUACAUACGUACAUAUCCACGGACUGCAAUAAAGACUUCAGCGAGAGGGAAGGUCUUCUCUUUCUGGCCUACACAAGUAUGACCUGAUAAGUGGUUUACUAUCUGGCGGAGGACUUUGAACGCUCACGAAUUGACAGGGAUGUUAGGAGGCGGCACAAUGGAACAAACGGUUCUGAGCACACUGAGUGGGUGUCUCUCCCAGGACUCCCACAUUCGGAAACUGGCAGAGCAGCAGCUGGAGGGUCUGGCUUCUCAGCACCCCGACUAUCCCAAGUGCUUGGCGAGCAUCGUGGUCACUCAAACGUACCCCUUUGCUGAAAGGCAGCUAUCAGCUGUGACGUUGAGGAAGUAUGUUGGCGAUAGGUGGACCGGCAAAGUGGAGCAGGGGAUCCUGGGAGUGACCACGAGAGACAUUCCCGAAGAGGUCAAAUCCAGUGUUAGGAAUCUGAUGAUCAGGGGCAUUGCGGACCCCACCAAGCAGAUACGUGUCAUUAGCGCAUACGUAGUAGCGCAGAUUGCGCAUUUCGACUUCCCGGAAGCCUGGCCCAAUCUGUUCGACUACAUCAUCCCCGCGCUUCGAAGCGGCGAUGGCGAUCAGGUUCACGGUGCCAUGCGCGUGUUGGCCGAGUUCGUCCGAGAUGACUUGACGGAUACACACUUCCCGUACAUCGCGCCUGCACUUCUGCCCGAGCUUCACAGGAUCUUUGCGGACGUCAACACGCAUCCUCGGGAUAGAUCGCGGGCGUUGGCAGUAUUCCGGGAUUUCAGCGCGAUGAUCUAUACCGUGUCCGAAGAGCAUCCGAAUGUCAUAUCAUUAUAUCUGGAUCCCGUUAUACCGCGGUGGAUGGCAACUUUCAAGGAGAUCUUGUCUUUUGUGGAAACGCCCGCGGAGACCGUUCCCGUCAAACAUGAGAUCCUUCGGACAUUAUGUAAGCUGUUGAAGCAGUUCCCCAAGCUCAUGGCGACAUACAUCACGGAGUUCUUGGAACCCAUCUGGAAUCAUCUCGUGGCCCUACAACCCCAAUACGUGCGGGAGCGAGUCAACCCGGACGACGAUGUCAUCGAAACAGAGGAUGUGGAUAGCGAUGGCGAGAUCUUGGGAUUCGAGAGUUUACUGUACUCGCUGCUAGAGUUCAUGCAGAUUGUUGCAAAGAAGCGCCAUCUGCGGCAUUUCUUCUCUUCCGGCGUGAGCGGGGCGCGAGAGGCUGGGCAGCUACUACCGCAGUUGGUUGGCGUCUGCUUGACGUAUCUGCAGAUCACUGCUGAGCUGCAAGACACAUGGGUCAACGACAUGAAUCAGUAUAUCCAGGAUGACAGCGAUGAGGCGCUGACUUUCAAUAUCAGAAUCGCUGCAGAGGAGCUGUUGAUGUCUUUGGCCGAGUUCUACUCGCAAGAGACCCUUCAGGCCAUUUCGCACGUGGUUCAAGCAAAAUUACAAGAGUCGACUCAGGCCCGCGCAGCCGGCGAUGUGAAUUGGUGGAAAGUUCACGAGGCAUGUCUGCUAUCGGUCGGCAGGGUCAGCGACAUUUUCAUCGAUGGGCUGCAACAACAGAGCUUUGUCUUCGACAUGGAAGGUUUCUUCAACCAUGUUGUCCUUGCCGACAUGCGGUGCAACGAAUGCCCAUUCUUGCAGGGUCGAUCGCUAUGGCUGUCCAGCCGAUUUGCUGAGAUAUUAUCUGAUGAGACUGUGACACAGUACAUGACAGCAGCGGUGGAGGCAUUGGGCCCGAACGUUACGAAUCCUGCCGUCAAGAUCUCGGCCGUGAAGGCUCUCCAAAACUUCUGUGGAACUCUUGGACCACAGAGCCUGAUACCCUUCCAAGCGGCUAUGAUUCAAGGCAUCGUGGGUCUUACGGAAGCUGCUAGUGACGAAGUGCUUGCCCUUCUCCUCGAGACCUUGGAGAUGGUCAUCCAAGUCAACAAGGAGAUCACGGCGCAAUACGUUGACCCUCUCACGACAAUGGUCCUGCACGUCUGGAACCGAAAUGCUGAAGAUUACCACCUGUCGGAAGUUGUGGUCGAUCUGUUCUCGAUAUUGGCUUCCAACGAAAUGAUUGCGCCUCGCCUCCAAGAGCGGAUGAUCCCAGCUUUACGGGAUGUGCUGCAGGCGGAAAAUGUGCACAAUAUGCCGUCAGCCGUGGCGACGGCGCUCUCAUUGAUGACCGACCUGAUCAAGAACGCCCCGGAACCGUUCGCGCCAGAGUACAGGUCGUCGGUCUUCCCGCAAGUGAUCAUGCUGCUACACACUGUGACGGAAGACCAGGCCGCGAUACUGCAGAAUGGCCAGGAUACGAUCCGGGCACUCGUACAAAGGGACUUUGCGGGAAUCGCCAAAUGGUCUCAUGAGGGACAUUCGGGGCUUGAUCUUAUUGUUGCGUUUAUUGCCAAACUAUGCCGCCCCAAUCAUAGCGAGAGCGCUGGAAUCUUUGUCGGCGACCUAAUAAAUGCACUCAUUCAGAAGGCUGGAAAUGAUAUUAUGCCGGUUCUGCCACAAAUCCUGGACGCUGUCUUGCAAAAGCUGGCUGUGUCAAAGACACCGUCGUUCAUUCAGCAACUGGUUCUCGUGUUCGCCAACCUAUUUAUUCAGCAAACGGCGGGCACGCUGGAUUUUCUGUCUUCUGUGAAUGUCUCUGGGAAGAGCGGGCUGGAAAUCGUUCUGACGGCGUGGGCAGAACAAUUCACCGACUUCCAAGGUUUCCUCACCAUCAAAUUGAGCGCGAUUGGUCUCACAAAAGUGUUUGAGACGCGGGAUCCACGUUUGAACAACAUAAUGGUCAAAGGAGACGAAAUCGUCACUUCUAAUAAAAUUGUCACUCGGUCCAUGAGUCAGAAAAAGCCACAACAGUUCUCCAUUAUCCCCUUUCCGGCGAAGGCGAUCAAGCUGAUCCUUGUGGAACUCCAACAUCAAUCGGACAGUCAAAUGGGCAAGCUUUCCACAAGAGGGAACUACCGAGAUGAAGAUGAUGGCGACGAGGAAGGCAGUUGGGACGAUGAGGAUGAGAGUGAAGAAUGGGAGGACGAUUUCAUUGGCGCCGAUCCUGUAAUGAAAGGGAUGAUGGGCGAUUUAGGCGCUGAUGAGUUAGAAAACCUGGGCAAAGACAACGCUGAAGCGUCAAAUGACCCCGUCUACAAGAUCGAUCUAAAGGCGUACCUAACGGAAUUCCUGCGGACUUGUGCGCAAACUGAUAUGAACUCCUUUUCUGCGCUCUGUGAGCAGUACCUCAACGGCAAAGAAAAGGAGUACGUUAGGGUUGUUCUGAGCGGUUGAUAUAGUGUGCAGCGG